UCCUUUCUUCCCCUUCCCUCACUUCCUGCAGGAGCAGCGUUGUGUUGACAAACUGCUGCUGUUGGCUCGUAAACAUGGCGACCGCUGGAGCAACUGGAGACGAAUUGAAGAAAGAGCUCACAUGCGCUAUUUGUUUGGACUUUUUCAAAGACCCAGUAAUACUGAAGUGCGGACAUAAUUUUUGUCGCUUUUGUAUCUGCAUGCACUGGGAUGAAAAUGGCGGAGACUACGGGUAUCAGUGUCCUCAAUGCCGGACUGUAUUCAACAAGAGGAGCUUUACUAAAAACUACCUGGUGCAGAAUCUAGUUUCAAAACUGGACGACCUGGAGCAUCUGGGUUCUACUUCUGCUCCUUCCAAGUCUAUGAAACCAGAUGGAAAGUGUCAACAACAUGGUGAAGAGCUGAAACUCUACUGCCAAACCGAUAAGAGGCCCAUUUGUGUUGUCUGCAGGGAAUCAAGAGCUCACAGACACCAUCAGGUGGCUCCAGUGCCAGAAGUUGUGAAUGAUAUGAAGAUGGAGUUGAAAGUGAGACUUAUGGAGCUCAACUGGCAGAAGUCGCAGUAUGCCAAAAUCAAGACAACAGAUGAAAGGACUAAAAAUGAUGUUCGGCUGAAGAAGCAACGACUCAAGGAGAAGAUUGAAGCAGAUGUCGGGGCUUUGGUCCAGUUCUUGUUGGAUGAGAGAGAUUCUCUUCUGGAGAACUUGGAUGCUGAGGAAGCAGCCUGCCUGACCGUCAUUGACGACAACCUGGAGUUUGUUGAGAGUGAAGCAGCAGAUGUGGACAGACUCAUAGCAGAUAUUCAUAAUCACAUUGGUGGGAAGACAAACUUUGAGAGCCUUUCUGGAACAUUUAAUGAAGCAAUGCAUCGCAAGUCUUUCACAUCCCUUGAGCCGGUCAGUUGUAUGGCGGAAUUUACAGACUUCUCAGGACCUUUCCAACUCAUCAUGUGGAAGAAGAUGAUGCAUGUUCUGCACACCAUGCCUCAGAACCUGACCUUAGACCCAGACACCGCUCACGCGAACCUCCUUAUCUCAGACUUUGACACCAAAGUGGAGGAGGGACGGGUUCGCAGCCAGGAGCCGGAUCUUCCGGGCCGCUUCAACCGGUUCUGUGGAGUCCUCGCCACAGCCCAGUAUGCCAGCGGCCAGCACUAUUGGGAAGUGGACGUGAGGGACAAAGGAGUGUGGUACCUGGGGGUGACGACUGAGUGCAGCAACAGAAAGGGCUUUGUCAAUCUCACUCCAUCCGCAGGAUACUGGAGCCUCUGUCUGCAGGACCGACUCUACGCCAAUGUGGAAGAUGGCCGCAUUCCCCUCGCUGACUACUGGAACUCGCCACGUGUCGGUGUGUACCUGGACUAUGACAAUGGCCGCCUUAGUUUCUAUGAUGCUGUUACAAUGAAGAGACUUUACAUGUUCGACACCUGCUUUGAGGAGCCUGUCUAUCCCUUUUUCAGCCCAGGGAAGAAUGACGUAGGCAGCAGGCUGCAGAUAUGCCAUUACUAUUAACAGAGGUGUGAUGAGUAGGUGUUAAGAGUCCAACUCGUGCUUUCAGGUUAGCCUGUUGGAAAGACAUCUUCUUUAGACAUGUAGUAGUGAUGAUGUGAUGUUGGUGAACAUUCUCAACUUGGAUUUCCCCCCCAACUUAGACACAAACUGUAGGCUCACACCCAUGAUUACUAUGGUGGUGAAUUUGGAGAGGUGCUUUGCUGUUUACAUAUAUCACUGUGUUUGUGGGACUGCAGAUGCCAUAGGUGUUCCUGGCGAUUAAAGCAUACUAACUCAUCCUCUAUUAACACCUGCUCUGCCAAACUUUGUUACAUUUGCUUUUGGCUUCUGUUCUCAGUUUGGCCGGCUUGUCUGGGGAAUGAACUUAAAAUUCAUGUUUCUAAAUCAAACGGGUUAGACAGGUUUUAUGGAAAUGGUUUAAUCAAAAACAUUUUAAACUACCUGUAUAUUUCCUUAGUUAAUGUUACAUACACGCAGCUUCGAACUGUUGCCUGACCUACUUUUUACUUCCAAGUCCCUUUUUGCAGGAGAUACCUUAACAAAUGUGAAAUGUUUUAUACAGCUGAGCGAAUGACAAGCUAAAGUCAAAGUGAUACAUUUCUUUGAACAUAGCAGAUCCUUAUUAAGCUGUAUUUCCAUAUAUUUAGCCACUUAGUGGAUAAAUAUUUAGCUUUAUACAUUCCAUUAAUAAAUAAAACAAGAACUUGGAUUUGACUGAAAACGUUAUGGAGUGCUGAAUGUCAGCGUUGUCUUCUUGCUUUUAUGUUUUAUGUUAAAUUGAUUACUGCUGUUACAUAUGACUGAUACAUGUAUUUAAAAUAAAUGUAUAAUUUUUUUUUUUUUGAUUUUUUUUUUGUUUUGGUUUCUUAAAAAAUUAAACUUGUGCCGUUAUAAAUUUUUGUCGGUUAAUUUGUUUUACUUUUUUUUUUUCUUGGAGUUGUGGUUCUGAAUGUCUAUUAAAAUGGCAAAUUUUCAAACUUUUUAUUUUAUUUUUAUUUUUUAUUAGACAAUUGAACCUGAAGACAGUGCUCUUUGAUUAUUGGAGCUUUUUGUUGCAUCUCCUUUUUUCUCGCGCUGUGCUUUAUCCAUGACUGCACCUCUAUGGGUUUAUUCAUGCAGUUACAUUGACUUAAUUUACUUAUCCAUCUUAGGAUUAUUUUCAGUUGUGUCACAAAGUUUGACUCCAGAAUCCUGCCCUCUGUAUGAAUAUUCAAUCUAUUUCAUCUCAAUAAAACAAAACAAAUCUAUAAUUUAUUGAUCUUAGUUUCUUCUUAAAGAAGCAGUCCACUUCAUCCUCAUAUGCCAUCACUAUAAUCGCAGUUUUGAUAUCAACUCAUUAUGUUCAAAAAAUAAUUAUAACCUUUUAAAUGGAUUUCGCAACGUCCGUGUUCUCACUUGUGACUGUGUGUAGGAUUAUGUUCUAAUUAGCUAUAGCUUCAUAUUUUCUUUUUUUUAAGAUGAAGUUGAGACUUCAACCACCUUUAAAAUACUAUUAAACAUUUUCACUUAC